AUGCGUUGUGAACUUCUGUUCGAGCCGACACAAACCACUGCGAGACUUGACAGACUCUCUCUCUCUCUCUCUCUCUCUCUCUCUCUCUCUCUCUCUCUCUCUCUAAAAUCUAUGUUUCCAAUGGUUGCAGAACCUUUUUUGCUGAAUGUUGACUGUACGCCUUACAUUGAUGGUUAUUCUAUCCACAAAACGGCUAACCUGUCAAGCACCAACCCGGAAGAUGUAACCGUGCCACCUUCCCCUUCAAGAUUGGCAACUGUCCAGCACGAAAGCAGGCUAAAAGACGCCUUUUAUAUCAUUGGAACUAUUCAAUUGCCUGUGACUUUGCUGGUGGCCAUAGUUGUCAUCAAAAAAAGCCAACAAAUGAGUGGUAACUUCAUACAACGAACAAGCGCUUUUAUCAGAGAGAAACCAGCAAGCGCCACCAUGUUUAUUUUCGAUGGCUUACAGUCUUCCUACGGUGGAUACGUUUACUCCUAUUCGUUAAAAUCCGUUCCAAAUCUCAAACACUCCGAAGGAGCCGUUCUCAACGCAUGUUUCUGGGGAACGUUUGCAGUCGGUCGACUCUUCGCUAUUGUACUUGCAUCAAAGUUUACUGCAGGGUUCAUGCUCCUUUGGGACAUUCUCGGUGCCUGCUUUUCCAUGACCCUGACUGUAAUUCUAAGAACGAACCAUAUCGGAAUUUACGUGGGUACAUGUUUCUUGGGCCUCUUUCUCAGCAGUGCAUCGCCAACAGUCCUCUCUCUUACGGAACAAUUUAUUGACAUCAAUCCAUCAAUUACAUCAACGAUUGUCGUAUUUUCUGGUAUUGGGGAAACAUUGUGCCCAGUUAUAGUCGGCAAUUUAUUUGUUAAUCUUGGACCGCCGAGUUUCUUGGUGUUUUGCUUUAUCAUCGUAAUUCUGUCUCUGCUGCUUUUCAUCUGCCUUUUCCUGACGGGAAGAGAAACAGAAAAAUACUCAAACAUGAAAAAGGAGUCAUUCAUUUGGCUUCCUGGUGUGUGGCGACGCCGUGCAGGUCAAAGCUCUUUAAUUGACAAAUCGACAGUGAAAUACUACUCCCGAAUGCAAGAAAGCCCCAGCAUCGACGGUAGCAACAUGGAAUUGGCCCGAAUGGGCAGUAGUGACCGAGGAGCUGAAGAUGAAUCAACAGAAGGAUACCAGAGACAGAGCGGCGGCGGCGGUUAUUGGCAACUUGGCGGUGGUUCUAUUCCAGGAGGAGUAUAG